GCAUCGCAUAGUAUUUGAAAAAUCAUAUAGAAAAUUAAAUACAUAUAUUGUCAAAAUGCUGGGAAGUUUACGGUCACUCUCUUCAUCAGCCAAAAGUUACUUGAAGGUACCUAAUAUUGGAGGAGGCGCUGAUUCAACCAAAAUUUUGUACACAAUAAUUGUGAAAACAGGGGAAAUGAAGUUUGCUGGGACGGACGCUAACGUUUACUUCAGUUUAACUGGAGCUGGAGGUGACAAGACAUCGAGAAUCAAACUGGACAAUACUUUCCGUGAUGAUUUUGAACGAGCAUCAACGGACAAAUUCAAAGUAAAGCUUGAAGAUAUUGGAAUUCCAACAUUGGUCACUUUAGAAAUUGACACUACUGGUUUGUUUGCUGACUGGUUUGCUUCGUCGGUAACAGUACAGAAGUCAGGCGAUAAAGCAGUGUAUGAAUUCCCAGUCUAUUCUUGGGUGGACGGCAUGGCGGUGGUGCCGAUUGGUUCAGGACGCUUGCCUCUCGAAGAAGAAAAUUCUGUCCUAAUUGAUUUUCGUGAUAAUGAGUUAUCUUCCCGUCGACGAUUGUAUAAAUGGAGGGCAAAGGAUGACCCAUCAGCACGAGGCCUACCAGGAUACAUCGCAGCACCGAGUCAUGAUGGCUUACCUCGUAAUCUUCAGUUUACUGAUGGACUUUACAAAGACUUCGAGGAUUCUAAAGGAGUAAUAUUCAUGCAUAAUGUACAAGAGAAAAUUCAAGCACUAUCCGGAGAACUGAUUGAAACAUGGGAAUCGUUGGAAGAAAUGUCUAUUUUUUUGUCUCAUCCAAGACUGCCAAACAUGCCCGAGUUCCAGAAAAACUGGCUGGAUGAUGCAGAGUUUGGCAGGCAAUUGAUCAAUGGUUGCAAUCCAAAUGCGGUUUCUAGAUGCGAUGGCAUUCCGAAUAAGUUUCCUGUCACUGAUAGUAUGGUGAAGAAAUUUAUCCGACCUGGUAGUACUUUGAGAGAAGAGAUAGAGCGAGGGAACAUCUAUAUAGUUGAUUGCAAAAUAGCAAAUAAUAUAAAACAACAUCCCAAUGCUUGUGCUCCUAUAUGUUUGCUGUAUCAAAACAGCGAUGGCGAUUUGUUGCCAAUCGCUAUCCAGCUUAGACAACAAUCGGAUGAUGAAACUCCGAUUUGGACUCCCGAUGAUUCGGAGUAUGAUUGGAUGUUAGCAAAAAUGUAUUUUCGGUCUGCUGAAGGAAAUAUUCAACAAAUUGUCAAUAGACUGAUGUAUACUCAUUUAGUUCUUGAACCAUUCGCCGUGGCAAUGUUUCGAUGUUUAUCUUCAAGGCAUCCAGUCUUUAAAAUUCUUCAUCCCCAUCUUCGUUUUGUUUGUGCUGCAAACACGAUCGCGAGGACAUCUCUGUUUGUUCCGGAUGGAAUUUUUGAUAGACUUUUAAGUUACGGUGCCGGCGGUCAUAUGGACUUACUGCGAGAAGCUUAUAAAAGCUUUGAUUUCUCAUCUUUAAACGUGAAAAUUCGAUUGAAAGAGCAAGGCGCUGACUCGUUGAAUAAAUUUCAUUACAUGGAAGACGCGACUCAACUUUACAAUGCAAUACAAAAGUAUAUGGAAAAGAUGGUCUACUUCUACUACAAAAAUGACACCACUGUCGUAAAAGAUACCGAAGUGCAAUCAUUCAUAAAAGAAGUUUAUACAGAAGGGUUCGCUUGGGAAGAUGGUAUUUCGAGAGGUUGCCCGAGAAGUUUUUCUAACAAAAAAGAACUCGUUGAAGUACUGACAAUGAUAAUCUUCACUUCAUCUUGUCAACAAGCUGCUGUCAAUUCAGGACAAAUGGAUACAUUCAUGCACGUACCUAACUCUCCACUGGUUAUGUCAAAACCCCCACCAACAACUAAACGAGUAGCAACCGUGGAAACGGUUACAGCAAGCUUGCCUAACAAACGUCAGAGUUGUUUACAGUUUGACCUGGUGCAUGCAUUUGCAAAAUCUUACGAGGAUGAGGUUCAACUUGGGAAUUUUCCGGACCGGUUAUUUUGCGAUGCUGAGGCACAGGAUAUUAUUGAAUCAUUCCGGAAUGACCUCAAAAUUAUCUCAAAGGAAAUAAAAGAACGAAAUUCAAAACUCAAGAUUCCCUACGAAUAUUUGCUACCCGAAAAAAUUCCGGAAGGAGUGACUGUUUAGAACUUUUAGUAUUCCAGUUGGCUGAAUGUUGUAACAAAAGUCCCUUCUGUAAUAUAGAUCAAGAUUACUUAAAUUAUUUUUCAAUGUCGUACUGCCAAUUGUAGCAGAAUCUUUACUGUAAACUUGAAGCCUGACCCUCAAUAAAAUCGACCCCAAACACGCAAA